AUGGCGUGUUUAUAUAUUAACAUCUGGCAUGAAGUUGGUAAAUUCUUUGUGAAUACUAGAACCUUUGUUAUCUUGUUCCUAUAUCGAAUAGUUCAACCAAGAGAUUUGCAGUUGAAAGCGAGGUUAGUAAACAUCAAACCUGUGGAGCCGCUGAUUGAAUUGUGCUUGUCAGAUUAUGUUUUGGAUAUAUUAAAUGAUUUUCCAGGAGUUACAAAUUUGUGUACGUGGCCAGUGUUGGUUUUGGACAGCUAUGUCAUUUCCGGUAUGUGCUCUGUAGCCCGCCAAGUAGUCAAAUUUGCAGACAAUGAAAAUGUAAGAUUGUGGUUAGGAUUUCGUGAAUCUUGCCUUGUCGCUUGUGCCGAAAGCUCUGUCUGGACAAAAUUUUGUGAAAUAGACAUGAUGAAAAGCGUGGAAGAUAUUUUAGCCAGUCCUAGGCCGGACAGCAAUUUGGUGUAUUUACCUGAAAAUGUGGUAAAAUAUGAGUGUCAUCUAGCCAAGCCAGUAAGAAUACAUAACAUUUACAAAAUAGCACGAAAUGAACAGAACAAUCAAAGUUUACAGAGUUCUGUUCCUAAAGAGCAUUUGAAAAUUUAUCACAACUUUUCUGAGGGACCAUAUAUAACACUAGCCGAUGCUAUUUUAUAUCCCUGUUUUGAACUGAUUGCAAGGUCUAUUGAUUUUUCAAAAAUAAAUUCGAAAAUACCUCAUAUCAUUGGUUGGUUGGAUAGGUUAAGGUUAGAGCAUAAUUUCCCCAAAGUAAAUGGGGAAUGUAACUUGGCUACUGAUAAAAUACAAAUAAUUGUUCCUAGUGUCACCUGUGGCAGUCUGUAUAAGGCUGAUUUCAUUAGAGAUAAUGCAGAGAAGCACACAAAGCAGUAUAAAAUCGACGACGCUUUUAAGUUGGUAGAAAAAAUAAAAAAUGGCAUAAGAAAUGAUGUUCUAUCUCCUGGACACAGCAUCAAAUUUAAUUGGAACGAUAUCCCUUUGGCAGCCAACCCAAAAGGUGGCUCCCUGCCACAGAGCCGAGCUGAUAGAAAAUGUGAACAGUUGGAAAGUAUGGCGAAGGCGGCAAUGCAUAUAGUUUCAGAGAAAAACUAUAGAAUUGUGGAUUUUUGCAGUGGAAGUGGACAUUUAGGUAUACUCUUGGCUGUUUUAUUACCACACUGCCACAUUGUUUUGGUGGAAAACAAAGAGAGGUCUCUAGUACGGGCCAGAGAGACUCUAAGUGAUUUGAAACUCCCAAAUGUGACUGUAGUUCAAUCGAAUCUGGAUUAUUUUGUGGGUACAUUUGAUUUGGGAGUGGCGUUGCAUGCAUGCGGGGUAGCAACUGACUUGGUGCUGCAAAUGUGCAUCAGAAACAAAGCGGAUUUCUUAUGCUGCCCUUGUUGUUAUGGUGGUAUAAAACAGUGUCACGAGUUAACUUAUCCACGUAGUGCCGCGUACCAAGAAUUAUUUAGUGGGCGUGAGUAUAGCUACUUUGACCUGGCACACGCGGCAGAUCAAACUCACGACAAAGACAAUGCCAAAACUGAGCAAGGAUAUCGGUGCAUGGACAUUAUUGAUACAGACAGAAAGUUACACGCCGAAAGCUGUGGUUAUGAAGUCAGUUUGGGCAAACUACAGCCGCCCAGUUGUACUAAUAAGAAUAAUUUGCUGGUCGGUACAUUUAGAAAAUGAAUUUUGUAAAUAGUGCUGUAAAUAUAUUUUGUCAUUAAACUAUUUUAUAAAAGCAUGCGGCAAGUUUUUCCAAUUUGUGACGGUGGACACACGAUUGCUUUUGUCCAUUCAGAUUCCAGCACUAUACAAUUUUUUAAGCCCUGUGGGCAGGAUAUGAUUUCUAUAUGCAUUUUUUUAACAAAUAGCUGGUAAU